ACAUUACUGACGCCGACUUUUGACAGUUGCUCAUGUCAUGAGUCCUCGUUUGCAAUUUUGUGUGAAUUCAAUUUAUAGAAAAGUCCCCGUUCUUCAUAAUUAAUCACUCAAAUUAAUUUUCAACAAAAUGGUUGCGAGAGUGGCUGGAGUUUUUGAUGAAAAAUUGACUGAGGCCAUUGCCAAUUCUAAAAUAUUGGUGGUUGGCGCCGGUGGCAUAGGUUGUGAAAUUCUUAAGAAUCUCGUACUUACCGGCUUUCCACAAAUUGAAAUUAUCGAUCUUGACACCAUUGAUGUUAGCAACCUAAACCGACAGUUUUUAUUCCACAAGGAGCAUGUUGGGAAAUCUAAAGCUCAAGUAGCUAAGGACAGUGCUCUCAGUUUCAACCCCAAUGUUAACAUAAUUGCCCAUCAUGACAGUGUCAUCAGCAAUGAUUAUGGCGUGAGUUACUUCAAACAGUUCAAUAUUGUAAUGAAUGCUCUUGACAACCGUGUGGCACGAAACCAUGUGAACAGAAUGUGUCUCGCUGCUAAUAUACCCCUGAUUGAAACAGGCACUGCUGGGUAUGCUGGACAGGUGGAACUCAUCAAAAAAGGUCUAACCCAAUGCUAUGAAUGCCAACCAAAAGCACCACAGAAAACCUUCCCUGGGUGCACCAUACGUAACACUCCAUCUGAACCAAUACAUUGUAUUGUAUGGGCCAAACAUCUCUUCAACCAAUUAUUUGGUGAAGAGGACCCUGACCAGGAUGUCAGCCCUGAUACUGCAGAUCCUGAAGCAGCAGGAGAGGCUGGUGCAUCUGCAUUGUCUUCAGAAAGCAACACAGCAGGCAAUGUUGAAAGAAAAAGUACGAGAGCUUGGGCAGCUGAGACGAAUUAUAAUCCAGAAAAACUAUUUAGCAAGUUGUUUGGUGAUGAUAUACAUUAUUUGCUCUCAAUGGAGAAUUUGUGGAAGAAACGCAGACCACCUACACCCUUGAACUGGAAUGCUCUGCCAGGAAAAGAUGACACGCCAACGCAACAUUCGGGAUUGCCAGAUCAACGUGUUUGGUCUGUUUAUGAGUGUGCACAGGUAUUCGCAGCAAGCUGCGACGCUUUGCAAGCAGAUUUGAAACGCCGCCCUGAGGGUGACCACCUCGUGUGGGACAAGGAUGAGAAAAGCGCAAUGGACUUUGUGACUGCAUGUGCUAAUAUACGUGCACACAUAUUCAAUAUACCGCUCAAGUCACGUUUUGAAAUUAAAUCAAUGGCGGGUAACAUUAUUCCGGCCAUAGCAACAGCCAAUGCGAUCGUAGCCGGCCUGGCAGUGUUGCGCGCGCAGUCAAUACUUAGAGGGGACAUCGAAGCCUGCUCCAGCGUUUAUUUAAGGCCGAAGGUCAACCAUCGCGGGCAGUUGUUUGUACCCGAAAAAACACUCACUCCGCCCAAUCCAAAAUGCUAUGUCUGUGCUCCGAAACCAGAAGUUGGACUCGCCUGCAACCUUAAACAACUCACUCUAAAAGAUCUAACAGCAGCAUUUAAAGAUGGACUCAACAUGCAAGCCCCUGAUGCAACAGUUGAAGGUAAAGGUCUGGUAGUUUUGUCAUCAGAACCUGGUGAAACCGACCACAACAAUGACAAAACUCUGGAGGAAAUAGGCCUCAAUGAUGGUUGUGCAUUACUGGUUGAUGAUUUCUUGCAAAAUUACGAAGUAAGGGUCAGAUUACAACAAGAAGACGAUGAAAAAUCGUGGCGCCUAGUCACCGACGCUGAUGCACCUAAGCUGGGCCCCAAGGAAGAAGAAAAGCCCACAAAUGGUUCAAAUGGGGCCAAUGAACCCAAACCAGGACCUUCACGAUCUAGACAGGACAGCGACAGUGACAUGGAGAUAAUAGAAGAAGAUGAAGAUGGAACAAUCGUGAAACCACCAAAACGCAGGCGUACAGAAAUGAGCGACGAGGUUGUUGAACUUUGUUAAAGAUCGUGUGUGCCUUGCCUAUUCCCGCAGGCUAUAUAUUAGUGACGUCGAAGUAUCAAUAAUGUACAAUUUGUUCGAUGGGAAUUUUGAAUGCAUAUGCAUCUUAUGAGAAAGUAAAUUAACUGCAAAGCUAUGUCAUGUCAAUCAGGAAAGAUUUAUUGGGACAUCACUCUGGGUAAUGAAAAUUUAAAUUUCAAAAACAGAAUUGCAGUCAGUACAUGAAGAUGAUUAAAUUUUGCUAAGUUGUUAAUAUAAAUAAACAACUACUGCGGCAUCAUUACUUUAUAUAGAGCUGGUGUUCCCGAAACAAAUUUUGGAAAAGAUUUCUCAAAUGUAGUCCUAAUUUAACAGUAAUUUUCUGUAAUUGAGUAAACUGAUAUAGUUUACUUAUUAUAUCAACAUUAUUGAUAAUGUAUUUUCUAGAGUAUGUGAACUUGUAUGAAACAAGAGAUAAUCCAAGUAUAUUUUGUAGUUUUCUUAAUUCAUAGGAAUGAUGAUCUUUAUAAGAACAGCAUAUUUACACUAGUAAGUUUUAAUGACUAAGUAUCAGAAUUUUGCAAAUAUAUGUCUCAUAAAUAAGC